CCCUUCUUCCUUCAAACAUUAACAAAGAACGUGUGGGGAACUUCCCAGAGGAGAUUGGUGGCAGUGGAUGACGGUGGGAGACAGGACCUGUUCCUCUGACUGAUUGGAUGAGAGAAGAAGAGGUUAUCACUCAUCUGAUGCUGUGCAGGAAUGAUGUGAAGAAAAGAAUGAUCACCUCCGAUUCCAUUCUUUUACAUUCAGAGUCAGUACACACCCAGCUUUUACAGCACAUCGCUGUAGUCUAACUUCAUUGAUCUGCUGCUGAUCACUUUUUAAUCCAGUUCACAUUCAUCUGAUUGUCUAUUAUGGAAAGAAGGGGUCUCCUGAUUUGUGAUCAGUUUUAAAGUUUAAAACAACGACAACAACAUAGAUUCCCUGGUGUAAUUUGCUAAAAGUGAGAGUUGAACAUGGCCAUCAACACGGACACAGACUUCCAGAAGUCCAGCCUGGGUGAAGGAGGAGGAAUAGGAGGAGGAGGAGGAGGAGGAAUAGGAGGAGGAGGUGGCGCACAGUUGGCAGACUCUCUAGAGACGGAGAAGCUUCUGGCGGUGACAACCGAGCCCGGAGGCAACGGGGUAAAGAUGUCCACCUCCUUCACGGUCAACGUGGGCGGAGACAAGGGCCUGGACGCCGACCAGAACGGCCACGGAGUCGGGCUGAGGUCGGGCUCCGUGGGGCAGCUGACCGCCGCCGCCCCGCUCUCCCCUUCCAAGGCCAGCCUGAGCCGCUCCUCCACCGGGAACGCCACCGUGCAGGAGACCCCGAAGCCCAAGGAUUACCUGUUACUGGUCAUCUUCUCCUGCUUCUGCCCCGUGUGGCCCGUCAGCAUCGUGGCUCUGGUCUACUCCAUCAUGUCCAGAAACAGUCUCCAGUCGGGCGACAUGGACGGGGCCAAGAGGCUGGGUAAACUGGCUCGCCUGCUCAGCAUCGUCUCCAUCAUCCUGGGCGUGGUCAUCGUCAUAGUCUACGUCUCCGUGGCAGCGACCCAAUGACCUGGAGAGUCUGAGGGGGAGAGGAACCCGUAACACCGUGAAAACCAAACCACAGAGGCAACAAAAAAAGAAAUACAAUUCAUAACAUUAUGCUACAAUAUUAUUGCAUCAAGACCAACCUCAGAAAGCUAAACAAAAAAACAAAACAGGAGAGAGUAGCUAUUGCAGAAAGUAAACAGAUUUACAAAUUUACAAAUCCCUCAAAGCUGCAUGCAUUAGAAUCCAGUAACAUUCGCUUGACAAAAAUAACCUAAAGCCUGAUGUUAAAAAGGUCAGGUUAAAAGACAGAGGGGGAGGAAAUGCAGAUGUAAUUGUGGUUAAGAGAAUAAAAGUUUCAUUUUUGGAAUAAUGGACUUCUUGAAAUGAAGCAGAUGAUCCACGAAUGAGGGGAGAGUGAGCGAAGACUUUUUCUACGUGCUGGAUGGAGCUCCUUUGGAAAACUGACUGUGGGUUUCGGACUGGGUUUGGAUUUUGGACAGCUGCAUUUAUCCUCAUAUAUUCCUUACUGAAAUUCUUGCAUUCAAAGCAUAUAAAGCUACAAAUAUUUGAAAUAUAGGUAUAUGAACAUAUAUAUAUAUAUAUAUAAAUGUACAUUUUAUAAAAAUGUUUGUAUGCCAAGUGGUGCUGGGUUUAAGUCACAACGGCUGCUUUGUUGGUGCUUGGAUUAUCAGUGGAAACUCAAGGGUUUGAUUAAAUAAACGGGAGAGGGAACACAUCUUUUUUUAAUUUUAAUUUAAUUAUUUUUUUAUUAAAACAAAUGAGACCAACUGCAUGCCUGAAUGUAGAUAACCAAUCUUCUGCCUUUGUUUGGACUGUUGUUAGUCAUCUCCGUCAUUAGGAAGGAGUCAGGGAGGCUGACGAGUUUGCACAUGGAGGAGUGAUUUGUGUACAUUGUGAGUCCGGCCACUGUAGAAUGUGUAAAAGAACCCUCUGAACUUCUCCCCACUGUCUCCAACAUUUCCUGAACCUUGCCUCGCUCCGGCAGAGACAGAUAUGCAUGCCAAACCUCGCACCAUCUUUGAAUUCUUUCUUUUUCUGUCUCACCCUGUCAUUCUUCACCUUCAAAUCAAAGUGGCUGCUUUAGUUGUGUCUGUUUUCCUUCAUCUUUCUUAAACACUUUUACUACCACCCCACACACAUCGCUCCCAAUUCCCAUUCUUACAUUGUUAUACAUUGACUGGUAAAUACCAAUGUUUCACUGAAUGUGUUUUUCUCCUCUCCUUGUAUUGGUAUGAAAUGUAUUUAUAUGGGAAAAUAUUUAUGCAAUAUGUACGCAUGCUACGGGCCGAACCAGCUCACACAUUUAUUUUUUGUAAAUGAGCAGGUCUGAGUUUGACCAAGUUACAAAAUGCAUUUAAAGCACGAAAGAUCGCCUGGAAAAGUCAAUUUUAUUGGAGACAAAGACUCAUUACAGACUUUGCUGCAAGCACAGGUAAUGUCACUGUAUAAGAUCCCUUAGCGUCAGUUAAAGCCACCGUGUUUCUUUGUUCAUUCAAGCUUGUUUUUCUUUCUUACAUGUAUAAAAUCUAAAU